CACAAGGCAAAUGAAUGUUCUCGCGAGAGUACAGUUAAGCGGCAACUAUAGACGUAGAAUGUAAGCGACUGUGUGUUGUUCAACUGAGCAACUUCAAUUGGAAUACUUGGUGUCAAGAAUGUACACAACUAAAGAAAGGAAGCAGCGAUUGUAGAUGCUGCAGUUUGGAUCCAUGUUUUUAAUCCUGCAGCCAGGUGAAAUACAGGAUGCCGUACCGCUGUGUGGCAUAUGGAUGUGGCAAAACUGAAGAAGAUGGUGUGACACUUUUCAAAUUCCCCAAUGAUGCUGAGGAGUUUCGCAAAUGGGAGAAGCAGGUUCAGCGUACUCAUAGCGACUGGGUUGCUUCACCUAACUGUCACCUCUGCAGCGAACAUUUUGGUAAAGACUAUUUUGAGCCAAAGUCAGCCUCUGGGCUGCUGAAGCUGCGACCCGGGGCCGUUCCCACUGUGUUUGUUCGCCCUCACUGUUCUUUCUGCAAUGGCACUGGCUGUAAUAAUUGCCACGUUUCCAUCCAGCACCGGAACAUUAAUUUAGAACCAUCUGAGUGUAACAUUACGACAAAUUGCAAAGAAAUAGCGCCAUCCCAGUCACAUGGUACAGCUGGAGGAAGAGACAAUGAUCACUACAAAAAAAGGCCAGGGAAGAACAAGGGUAGAACCCCUAUACUAGCCUCUAUACUAGCACCCCUGCAGGGAAAGCGCAUAUCAAAAAAGGCCAACAUUUUGCACAAAGUGAAAAAAGCACGUCCAGCAGCACCGGAUGCACGCGCUGUGGUUUUUGAUUGGGGCGCCUACUUGGAUAAGGAAACAUCUUUGGGUGCAUCCGUCUCCUGCUUUACUCAUGCUCCCAUGUGGUCCGAGUGGGAUGAAAUCACUGUUGGGACAAAAGUUGAAGUCUUGAACACCAAUGCAGUCCUGCCCAGUAAAUUUUACUGGAUCGCUACUAUCAUUCAAAUGGCAGGAUACAAAGCCUUGUUGCGCUAUGAGGGCUUCGAGUGCGACAGCAGCCGGGAUUUCUGGUGCAGUCUGGUUUCAGGCAAGCUGCACCCCAUCGGGUGGUGCGCCAUGACCAGCAAGCUGCUGGUGCCUCCGCAAGAUGUGACCAACAUCCCAGACUGGAAAGAGUAUCUAAUGAAAAAGUUGGUGGGGGCCCACACACUUCCUGUUGAAUUCUACUUGAAGUUGGUAGAGAAGCACUCCUUCAGAGUGGGGAUGCGCGUGGAAGUAGUGGACCCCAGACAUGUCAGCCGGACAUGCAAAGCAGUCAUACACAACAUUAUUGGCGGGCGCCUUCAGCUGUUGUACACGGACCAGAGCGACUCCCCUGAAAACACUGUUUCAGAUUUCUGGUGCCACAUGUAUAGUCCUCUCCUGCACCCGAUUGGUUGGUCCAGGAAAGUGGGCCAUGAAAUCAAAACACCUGGAAAUGGUGGGGAAGGUAAAACUACUCGUUUGAAGGGCAAAUGUAACAGUACAUUCCUCCUCUUUAAAAAGCCUAGAUUUGUCUACAUGGAUGGAGGUUUCUUUGAGGAAGGAAUGAAGCUAGAGGCUAUCGAUCCCCUUAACCUGGGCAGCAUCUGUGUGGCAACUGUACACAAGGUGCUGUCAGACGGCUACUUGAUGGUCGGCAUCGACGGUGCAAUAUCGCUUAACGGCUCUGACAAGUUUUGUUACCACGCUUCCUCUCACGCCAUUCUUCCGAAAGGCUUCUGCAAGAAGAAUAACAUUCCUCUCACGGUGCCACAGGGUUAUGACCCCAGCACCUUCACCUGGGAAGAUUACCUGAAUGAGACCAAAGCCAAAGCUGCACCAGUACAACUGUUCAACACUGACUACCCAGGCCACGGCUUCUCUCCAAACAUGAAGCUAGAAGCGGUGGACCUGAUGGAGCCACGGCUCGUGUGUGUGGCCACUAUAAAACGCAGCGUCGGACGCCUGCUCCUCAUCCACUUUGACGGAUGGGAAGAUGAAUUUGACCAGUGGGUGGACUACCAGUCCCCCGACAUCUAUCCCAUUGGAUGGUGUGAGCUCACAGGCUACCAGCUCCAGCCUCCUCCAGGACUUGUUCAAGAUGCCAAAAAGCUGUCAGGACAGACCAAGAAACAAAAGCCACCUUUGUUGAGGAAAAAGAAACGAAGGUAUGCAAAGAAGAGAUUGCAAUCUCGUGAUCCAUCAAAAGACGACGACGUUGGCAAUGAUGCUGAUGAUGAUGACGAUCAACGACAGCAGCCUCCAAAGAAGGUGACUGUCCAACCUCCGCUACCGUCAAACCUGACUUCCACUCCAAAAGCGCCGCUUCUUCAACCCAAAACGGAACCAGUAGAACAGCAAAUCAGCGAAGUGGAAGUAAAAGUGGAGGACAUAGAGAUGGAGACCCCGAUCUCCAGUCGAGCUCCAGUCGAACAGAAGGUGGAAUGCAAGAGCAAAAUAGUUCUAAAACCAUUAAAGACUGAAGAAAAGCUGAAUUCUCUUGUUUGGAGUGAGUAAAAUAAAUAUCUAUAACAAAGGAAGUGACAUACUCAAUAUAUUCAUGUAAAUUGUGCUUGUCUGUAGUGUUGUAUGUAUUUUAACUACCUCAUUUUGUCUUUAGUGCAGCUGUUGUUGUGGUCAUCAGUGUCGCUACAAUGUAUGUAUUUGGACAUUUUUGCUUUUUAUUUUUAAACAGAUAUGUUAGCUUUGCAAGCCAAUGUCACACAAUUAUGUAUUGAUUAUCACUUUUUAAAAACCUCCUCAGUGGGUAUGUGUAUCUAAUGCUAUGGGUUAUUUCAAAAUAAAAGUAUAACUGCACACUGCGGGUUCACACAA